UAGUAGUAGUAGUAGUGAAAGUAGUAGGCCUUUUCCCUCUUCGCAACCAGUUUUAUUAUCGUUGAUUUGCGAAGAGGGGGAAAACUCUUUUCCCGCGUUUUUCCGGUUUUCCCGGGUUUUUUAUUUUUUCCAAAAAAGAUGUUGCUGCAUGUUUUAUUGGAAACUCACCUUGCGACGGAAAGUUUCAGCGGAUGUAGGUGGCGCUGUUUCAAAUUGUGGAGUUAAAGGAAGUCUACAACAGGAGUCUACAAUGCAGUAGCCAGAAAGACCGGUCUCCGUUUGAAAAUGUAAUUUAGAAAGUUUUGGAAAUAUAACGCUUUUGAAAAAUAUCAGAAUGACGUCGUUUUUCGGAAAGAGAAUCAUCCUGUCACGAAAUAGUCUUUUGACAAUUCCAAGACGUAAUGGUUAUUUGAUUCUUGUUCCAGAAAUUGGAGAAGAUUUACCAGGAAAAUAUCCUUUGUUAAAAGAAGACAAAAACCCAGAAUUUACAAAUGUUACGAUAGAAAAAUGUGUCGCUGUUAUUGGGAGGCAAGCGUUGGAGUUUGAGGAAACAGUUAAUACCGUAGGGAAACAAAUAGAAAAUGAUGAUAUCUCUCCAGAAAAUCUAUUUAAGAAUGUAUUAACUCCUAUAGAGGAAGUGUAUACCUCCUUGAAUAUUACAUGGGGCAUUGCAAAGACAUUGUAUUUAGGAAAUCAAAGUUUAAUGCCUACGCAAUAUUACAUGAGUAUUAACGAACGUGCUAAAAGAGCCAUAGCUUUUAAGUAUAUCAAUACAUCGAUAUAUCAGGCAUGUAAAAAUGUCAUGGAUAAGAACAAAAAUGAAUUAAACGACGAACAAAAAAGAAUUUUAACAAAAUACAUAUUAGAAGGAAAAUUAAAUGGAUUAGAAUUAUAUGAUAAGAAGAAGCAACAACUUCCAGCAUUGAGGAUAUGGUUGGCCGAAAAGUUAAAAAAAUAUUCGCAAAAAGUGGAGACAGCCAUAAAUCACCUUACUUUUACCAUAAGAGAUCCUGUCACUGUAAAAGAUUUUCCUGAAGAUUUAUUAAAAUACAUAGCAGUGGAUCCUACGCAGUUUCAUAAUGGACCUUGGAUAGUAACUUUAACUCCUGAUAUCCUAGAACCAUUUAUGGAGCAUUGUUCCGAUCGUGCUUUAAGAUGGAAAGUUUGGGAUGCAAGUGUUACCAAAGCAUCAUUAUUACAAGAUAGAUCGGUACAAGCAAGCACAACAUUAGAAGAAAUUAGACAAAAAAGAAAUCAAGAAGGUCAAAUAUUGGGAUACAAAUCAUUUUCUGAUUUAAGUAUGGAAACUAAAAUGGCAGGCAGUGUGGAACAUAUUUAUCACGUAUUCGAUACUUUGUUAGCUACAGCCCGUCCUGCACAAAAAUAUGAAAUUGAUGAACUUCAAGCAUUUGCAAGCGAAAGAGGUAUGGAAGGUGCUCUUCAGCCUUGGGAUAUAGCAUACUGGGGUAGAAAACAACUACGUUCUGUAUACAUGUACAAGGAAGAGGAAUUAAAUAAUUAUUUUCUUUUACCGAAAGUAUUAUGUGGCUUAUUUGAGUUAAUUGAAACGCUAUUUGAUGUAAAGAUUGUAGAAGGCAAAAAACUAGAUCUCUGGCACAAGGAUGUUCAAUAUUUUGAUGUGUUUGAUUUAAAACAAUCAAACACUGAUCCAAUAGGUAGCUUUUACUUCGAUCCAUAUGCGAGAGGAAAUGAGAAAGCUAGAGCACCACAGACUUGGGGAUAUGCAGUGGAAAUACAAAAUAGGAGUAAAGUAUGUGGUUUAAAACCAUUAGUUGCAUUAAUAUUCAGUUUCCAACCACCCAAUGGCGAACAACCUGCCUUGCUUUCAUUCAAAGAUCUUCAGAUGCUAUUUCGACAGUUUGGACAUGCGUUACACUAUUUAUUAACAAAGGUAGAUUACGCAGAUAUUACUGGAUUUGCAUGUGUGGAAUGGGAUGCACUAUUUAUUUCCGAUUAUCUGUUUGAAAAUUGGUUAUAUGAACCAUCAUUUGUGCAAAAAAUUUCAUGUCAUCAAGUUACAGAAGAACCAUUACCUCUAGAUAUAAUUACAAAUAUAAGGAAUUCAAAAACGCAUUUAGCUGGUUAUAAUUUAUGCAAAGAAAUGUAUUUGUCACAGUUUGAUUUAGAAUUAUAUUCCGGCAAAGAGUUUUGGAAUAAUAUAAUGCUUCGCUUAUGGAAAAAAUACUUUGUAAUUCCUGCGUAUAAAAGAGACAGUCAUAUUUGUUCUUUUGAUGCUAUCUUUAGUGGACAAUGGGCAGCUGCUUAUUACAGCCAUCUAUGGUCAAAAAUGAUUGCUGCUGACUUGUACAGCGUUUUCCAAGGCAUUUCUAAUAAGAAUAAAGAAUCGUUGAAGGAAGUCGGUAGAAGAUAUCGCGAAUCAUUUAUAUCUUUUGGUGGUAUUUAUUCUGCAAAUGAAAAUUUCAGAAAGUUCACUGGAAGAGAUCCUAAUCCAAACGCACUUUUGAAAGACCUUGGAUUAGACACAAAAUGUAGUAUGUUGAAGUGUACUAAACCCGAAGUUUAACAAAUCUUAACUUCAAAAAAAAUGAUAUGUAAUUUGUAUAAAGAUGAAUAAUAAAAAAAAUUUUAUUUCCUA